AUGUCGGGAGAGGGAUUUAAUUUCAUGGAGGUGAUAAGAAACUACCAGCAAAUGGACUCGGAAGUAGAGCGUCAAGACAGGUAUUUAAGAACAUUCGGUCUCCAGCGCGUUUCCAUCAUGGGCGAUGGAAAUUGUUUGUUUCGUGCUGUAAGUUUCUCACUUUACGGUCACCAGAAUAAUCAUGCAUACUUAAGAAAUUUAGCAGUAGAUACUUUAAGGGCUAAUAUUGCAGAAUUUUCAGAUUACUUUUUAUCAGAUAGAGGAACUGCAUUGGAACAAAUUAACAGAUUGGGUCAACCAAAUACUUAUGCAGGACAGGAAUGUAUAUAUGCACUGGCAAAGGCUCUCAACAUUAAUAUUUUGGUUACAUUUGGUGGAGAUGAUUCCUCAUCUGAAGUUAUUACAAUGGAAAACUCUUUCACAAGUACUGCAAACCAGAACCACAUACAUAUCAUUUGGAGGCGUUUUGGUGGAGGUCAUUAUGAGGCAGUGUCAGAUGUAGGAAGAGACCAGGUUUCUGAUCCACCAGUGUAUCCUUUUGUUAGCAGUCAGGAUAAUCUCCACACAAAGCCAUGGAAUACAAGUACACCAUUUUUAAAGAAAGUUGAAAUCCCAAGCAACAGCCACAAAAGUUAUGACACUAGCUCCAAUAGCAUCAGAGAUUUAGAAGAUUUGCAAAGUCAUUUGUCAGAGCUGCAUAGUUACUCUAUUAAGGCAGAGUGCAGUGGGCCAAGUUCCCCUAAGCAGAAACACACAUGCUCUCAAUGCAAACUUACAUUUUCUUCCUUCAUUACUCUAAAAAAGCACCAGGCUAACAACCACAACAAAAAGCAGAAUAAAGGAAAGUCAUACCAGUGCAUGGCAUCAUCAUGUCCCCUAUAUUUUAGAACAUUGGAGCAGCUUGUUGAACAUGAAAUUGUAGCACAUGGGGCAAAUAUUGAGAUAGAAGAGCUCUCUUUUCAAAAUAAGGAUGACUUCUGCAAGUUUAAAGAACAGGAAGAAAUGAAUACAAACACAAGGUUUGUCAUGAGGAAUAAGGUUCAAGAGAAUAAAAAGAAAGAGAAGGUUUACUCCUUGGAAUGCCAUAGGAAUGGUUGCAUAAGAUCGCAUAAAAACAGGGGAUAUCAAAUGAAGUUUUCACGAAAAAACAUUAAGGGUUGA